UAAAGGGUCAACGGUCAAUGAAUACUGCUCUUUGGUCAAUGGUCGCUAGGGUUCUUGGUUUAGGGUUUGAUCGUAAUGCUGGAGAGUCAGAUGGCUGUGGUGGCAGUGGCGGCCGUGGCCGCGAUCGCCGUGGGUGGAGCUGCGAUCGCAUUCAUGUACCAUUGCUGCCAAGAUCAGGUGAAGCGGCAAAAGAAGGAGAAGGUUGAGAGAAUCAAUUCGCAAUUGGGGAUUCGCGACGAGGAUGCGCACCACCGCUACGAGCGGCGGGAGGAAGUGGUGGAGAUCGGGAAGGCCAAGCGCCCGGCGGUGAGGACCGUGGAAGAAAUCAAGGCGUACUAUGGCCGGCCUUCGAGGAAGGACGCGUCAUCCACCGCUGGAAUCGCCACAGAGGCCAAGAACAAGCUCAUGGAGCGCGGGGAGAAGCUCCAGGCUGUCAACGACAAGACCCAAGAGCUUGAAUCACAGGCCGAGAGCUUCGCAUCGCUGGCGGAAGAACUCGCCAAGAAAAUGAAGGCCAGAAAAUGGUGGGAGUUGUAAACUUUGUAAAUGAAUUCCUCUUGUGUAAGUAAGAACAGUAUCGGAUUGAAUUUAUUUCGACCCUUUCCGCGA